CACGUGAGCCCGUCCUCUACGUCCAGCCCUGCUUAAAAAAUGGUGUACAGUAUAGUCAGUGUAUCGUGAGCUACUUUGUUUCCUUGAAAAGUAUGACAAGCACCCAUGUUUGAUUUAUUGUAGCAUCAAGAGAUGAACGUGCGACUCGUACUACACCCGUCUAUGGAUUAGCAGACACAGCUCACAAGCUAAACUGCAAAUGCACGCAAAGGCAUACAUCCAUGUAAAGGCUAGUCCAGGUAGCCGUCUGAACAAGUAGCUCGGGCCUGUUCAGUUCUUGUGUCUUCUCAUCAGGAGCAUUCAAGGGCAAUGGAUUUCCCCAGCCACUUUGAGCAGAUCUUCCAGCAACUCAACUACCAACGCGUCCAUGGCCAGCUGUGUGACUGUGUUAUUAUGGUGGGCAGCCGUCAUUUUAAGGCACACCGGGCAGUGCUGGCGGCCUGCAGUACCCAUUUUCGAGCCCUCUUCACCGUGACAGAGGGAGACACUAGCAUGAACAUGAUCCAGCUGGACAGUGAGGUGGUAACAGCAGAAGCCUUUGCGGCCCUGGUUGACAUGAUGUACACGUCAACGCUGGUGCUGGGGGAAAGCAACGUGAUGGAUGUCCUCCUAGCAGCUUCACACCUGCACCUGAAUAAUGUUGUGAAGGCCUGUAAACACUACCUGACCAACCGCACCCUGCCCCUGUCGCCCCAGGCUGACAGACCCCUGCGGCACCAACCUCAGCAGGAUCAGCAGAGGCAUAGACAGCAGCAGCAGCAGCAACAACAGCAACAACAGCAACAACAACAGCAACAGCAACAGCAACAGCAGCAACAACAACAGCAGCAGCAACAGGCAGCAGAGUUAGCAGCGAAUGCUAGCCUAGCGACUAACAGUGCUACAUCCAGGCUGCAGCGCUCCUUCUUGUUGCAGCAGCUGGGGCUAAGUCUGGUGAGCUCAGCCCUGGGGGGCAUGGAGGGGGACGGACCGGGCAGGUCUCUGAACAGUGGAGCGGUUGAACAGGCAGGGUCCUUCCCGAUCCGGCGCUUCCACAAGCGCAAGCAGACACUUACCCUGGGCAUACCGGAUGACAGACCCAGGCAGAGACCACGCCCCUCUGUGCCUACCAGAGGCUUGUUGGGAGAGGCGGAAGACGGGGAGGAAGGCCCGCUGCUUUCCCCAGACUCCCACAAAAUGGGAGAGGAAUCGGUAGAAGUCGCUGGACUGGUUGAGGCUUCCCAAGAUGACGCUCAGAUGCCCAGCCAAUCAGACAGUGUGCACUGUGAAGGGGAGGAGGCAGGGAGGAGGCAGAGCGGAGUGGGGAAGGAGGAGUACAAAGAGGAAGGAGACCUCAGAGAAAACAGAGCCGAAGCAAAAAUGUCCAAGACGGAAGAGGAGGAGGAGGAGGAGGCACUGGAAGACAAGGUGGUUGUAAAGUGUGAGCCUCUCAGCUCCCCCGAGCCGGCCGACGAGAGCAGUUACGUGACGUCCCAGGCCGAGGGCGGCGACCCGGCCGGGCACGGGGGUCAGGACGAGGGGGGGAAGGUGGAGCUGAGUCCCGAGAGCACCCAGAGCAGUGAUCGCAGCUUAUCCUCCGACCCCCAGCCUCGCUCCGACACCAUGCUCCAGCCCAGCUCCCAGCUGAGGCUCAAGGCGGGGAUGGGCGGAGGCGCCGGCACCGCCGGGGGUUUCGGGUGUAGCAACGGCCAAAUCGGAAAAGCCGGAUUCAGUAUCUCCAACUUCCUCGGCCCGAAGGGGUUCGGAGGUGCAGGGUCUGGGCUGGCCGCCAGGGACGAUGACCUCCCCAACACCACAACCGGCGAUGCAGUCACGCAUAAUUUCCUUUUCGGACAGGAAGCUGCCGGCACGUCCGGCUCGAACUCUCUGCUGUGUUCGGGGUCUCUGGGGAGCGAGGGCCACGGUGUUUUCGGAGAGUCUCUCUUCCUUCGGCCCCUACGCGACGACCUGGGAAGCUCGCAGGGAGGGGGUGCUGACCCGUUUGGUCUGGACUUUCAGCACUCCAGUCUGGGCCUCCACUCCCUGGCGCAAGCCUCGAGAGCUGCGGAAGGAGUCGGGAACGCUUCCAUGGGUUACCCCGGCUACCGACGCGUGGCUCCCAAGCUGGCCAAUGGAAUCGGAGGAGGUGCCUUGGCCCAAGACCCUCCAUCUUCCUCGUCGAGUUUGGGCGGGCCGCUGCUCCUCAACAACGCGGGGGGCUACGACGGGAGCGGGUGCCGGCCCACCUCGCUGCCCCCUCAGCUGACCCGCGCCUCGGCGGACGUGCUGUCCAAGUGCAAGAAGGCCCUGUCGGAGCACAACGUGCUGGUGGUGGAAGGGGCGCGGAAAUACGCCUGCAAGAUCUGCUGCAAGACCUUCCUCACCCUGACGGACUGCAAGAAGCACAUCCGCGUGCACACGGGGGAGAAGCCGUACGCGUGCCUCAAGUGUGGCAAGCGAUUCAGCCAGUCGUCCCACCUGUACAAGCACUCCAAGACCACCUGCCUCCGCUGGCAGAGCAUCAACAUGCCCAACGCUCUGCUGUAGGACAGUGGGCCCCUCGUGAAGCCACGGAGGGGUCUUUAUGUGGCUCGGAAACCAUGACCGAAUGGAAAGAUCGCAUUCUCCCCCUCGAGAUGUUAAGGCUGUAUCAUUUUUCUAUCUAGUCCAAUUUGGGUAAUACUUGAGUUUAUAGUUUUGGUUGUGUUUUGUAUACUUUCUGAGUCACUGACUAAACACAUUUUUACGUUAAUACAUUUUUAUGUCAGUGGAAGUGGUUGUACCUUAUUUAUUCCCAUAUCUGCUAUGUGAAAAUAGUAAAGAAUACAGAACAACAUCCUAGACAAUGUACCAUUGCGGUAAUUCUUUCCACUGUUGGUGCGUAGUAAAACACUGUCCUUGCCAUCGUUUCUAUGUCAUCUGAACAUCCAAAAGAUUCCCCAAGUAUGGUACUGUAAGGUUUCCUGUCUGAAUGUGAUGUACCAGUGAACCCCAGAUCCCCUUAUAAUGUAAAGAAAUCGUUGAUGUUUCUUUACGUGUGUUUGUGUGUCUCUCUGUGUCCUUUGUUGCUCAGCCGUUUUACAGAAGUGAAGGUAAAUAUGUAGAAGAGGUGCUAGAUCAGUGCUUUGAAUUAUGUCAUUCAAUUAAAUGGGUUGCUGCCUUGUAUGAGCACCUUUUAAGAGUUAAGCAGAUUAAGCUUGUAAUCGUAGCUUAUGUGUGUUAAAAGGUCUACAGAAAUGUGCCAAAUAAUCUUUGAAUGAAGAAGUAGCAUUGAGCCGUCAAACCUUGUGUUGAUUUGCACUAUCCGUCUGUAUGCAGACUUGUUUCAUAGGACCAUGGAGGGGGCCACUAUCAACAAAUUAACAAUUGAGUCCAAAUGUUGAAAAGGUAUAGCAAAUGUAUCAGUGUGUUAAGACAUGUAAAUAUGGAACUUACAUAAUGGCACAAUUUGUCUCUAACUUUAACACAGUAAUACAUUAACUAAUCUAGAUUUAGUAUUCUGCCACAUCAUUUUAUAUCAGUGCUUUAUAUGUGUCCCAUUUCACCAACUUACAUUAAAUGCACAGAAAAAUGUGAAUUCUGUUUAACCCAAAAAAUACCAUGUUUACUGUCAUAUAGAAGUACAAAACUGUUGUUGCUUUCCAAUGAUCUGUCAUCUAUCUAUUGUUCCUCUGUUAUUAGGCCCUUCAUCCCAAUGGAGACUCUACAGAUGGUGUUUUGUGGAGCUACCACAGGACAGAGUCUGAAGUACCUCCAUUGUUAUGGUUGGAUCUAGAAGUAUCAAAUAAUUUAUAUAUUGUGUUAUCCCUUCUUUGUGGCAAAUGAUUUAUUGCCAAUUUGACAUGAAAUAGAUUUACCGGUAACUUCAGUCACUGAGAUUGACUUGAAUCAUGUGGUAUUGAGUAAAAGUCUUUAUUCCA